GCCGAGCGGUCCCCGCCCCUCCGCAGGCAGAGCCUCGGCGCAGCCCGGCCGCCGCCCACCGCGCUCCGGCCCGCGACCCCCUAGCUCCUCGCCCAUGGCUGCCCCGCUCUUCCCGCGCCAGCCCUGGGCCCCCGCGCCCACCCGUUCGGACCCCGCCGACGAUGCAGGCGGCCUGUUCGACGAGCCGCCCCCGGAAGAGCCCCCUGCGGCCCGCGCGCCUCGGGCGGUGGCGGCGGCGGGCAGGAGGGCCGGUCGGCGCGCGGGCGGCAGGGCGCAGGGAGCCCGCUCCGGGCAGCCCCUCAAGGCCGCGGCGCGCACUCUGCCCGAGGAGGAGGCGCCCGCGCGGGACGAGGGCUGCUACCUCGACCAUUUCCCGCACCUCUCCGUCUUCAUCUACGCGGCCAUCGCCUUCUCCAUCACCUCCUGCAUCUUCACUUACAUCCACCUGCAGCUGGCCUGAGCGGCCCGGGCCGGGGCCGGGGACGCGGGGGGCGGGGGGCGGGACGGGAAACCGGGGCUCGGCGCGGUGCUGGAGACGCGCCGCGCCCUUCGUCUGGCUUCGGAUGCUUGCUGCUUUUGUCCUGUGUUGUCACUGCCUUUGUGUCCUGCUCUUCUAGGGGCACGUCUGAAGUAACGGCCCGUAGCGGAAGGAGGAUCCGUCCGCCCCCGAGAUCAGGGGAGCGGGCGGUCAUCCCCCCCGCGCUUGGAGGAGCGGGGUGCGGCUCACGGUUAGGAUCAUGUCCCUGGACCCCACACUUCCUGAGGUGCGAGCAGGCGCAGCGAGCCCAACCUUCGGUUCCUUAAGGGACGAGCUUCGGGAGAGGGCCCCGCGGGGAGGGAGGGUCGCGCCCUGGCGCGGACUGGGCGGGAGCCCUGUGAUGCUGCAUCGCCCCCCACCCCUACCGCCCGGAGCACAGCCAGGCGCCCCCGAGCUGGAGGACCUGAGCGCCCCGCGGACGCCGCGGGAGCGCAGGACACGGCUUUGCUGCCGCGCUCCCGGGCUUGGCCGAGACCCACAGCUGGAGGGCUUGUCCUGGCAGGAGGCCACGCUGUCGUCGCGUCCUGGAUGGCGUGGGACCCACGGCUGCAGACCUCCGGGGACGCGGGCCCCUCGCUCGCGGGCGGCGCAGGAUGAGACGGAGUGGGGCCCGGGUGGGGUGCGCGGGAAGGCUCUCUCUGCGUCUCUGGCGCCUUCAAGCGGGACCUGAGCGCUGCCACAGCACUGAGACCCAAGACCAGGGUGUGGGGUAUCUGUCAUUAGCCAGAAUUCCUGCGGAAAACGAAGGGGGUUGUCAUCUCAGACAGCAAAGGCCUAACACGGAAGCCCACCUCGGUAGUUCCUCACCUAACCCGCCAUCCCUUUUUUGCUCAUGAAUGUCAGAGUCCUCAGCUCUCUCCUGCGUUAGUGGAAAUGUCUGUUUUACCUCUGAGGAAAUAAAUCCCUUUUUCAGUCUCCUGGA